GAAGUUCAAGAAAUGAUUAAUGAUACAAGCACACUUGAUGAAAAUCAAGAAAUAGAUGAUACAAUCGCACUUGAAAUAGUGAAUGAAAAUCAAGAAACGGUUAACGAAAUUAAAGAAAUUAAUAUUGAGGUGGAAUUUGCAGAAGAGGACGAUGAUUAUUACAUUCAAAAUGAAAUGAAUUAUUAUAAUUUAUGGGAAGAUUAA